UGUUUGCAUCUCAGCAGGUUUGUUGCGUGUCGCUUUUAUUUUGUGGGACAGUCUGCAAACAGAAAGGAGCAGCGCGUGCAGGGAUCUCUCUCUCUCUCUGUGUGGGAGGGGUCUCCUGCAGGUCACGUGGUCCGAGUCUUUGUUGAUGUGAUUCAGGGGAGAAAGAACAGGAGGACAAAAAAAAAAAAUAUUAGUCCCGGUCCGACCGACCGAAUCAGUCCAUCCUCCCUGGCCGGCGCACACUCGCUCCGCUUCGGCCUGGUUGCUGCUGGAAGCCCCCUCGAACCUUUACCUGGAGCUUUUUCUCCGCGGCGUUCCGCGGUUCUCCCCGCCGGUUUGAGAGCGAGGCAGCGGGGCUGGGGGAUGGAGGCUCAGUCCGGGCUGUGAGCAGACUGGUUUUAGGGGGUGGCGGAGGUGUGGGGGGGUCGGUGUGUGAAGCCCCAGGCCCUGCUUUGCUUUGUUAUCCUGGGCUUCGUUCAGCAGCCGUCCUCCCGGCUUUCUCGCCGUGUUUUCCAGCCGGGUUCUCUGCGUUUCGGCUCGCAGCCCGGCUCUCUGCUCCCCGGAGACACGCUGGACGGAGUUUUUGCAGAGGAGGGAGACACAUGGACAGCGUUAGGAUUUAAGGCUGCCUCGGCCGUCUCCUCUGUCUGCGGCGUGUUUUUGCAUUGAGGAUUUCUCUGAAGGACGAAUCCAGACAAACAGCUUCUUUUUAUUCCUGCCUUUACCUUUUUAUCCUCUUUCUACGCACAUAUCUCUCUUUGUAUACCUCCGUCUAUCCCUACACCUCUGUCUCUCCUCCCUCACCUCCAUUUAUCUCUAUCCAGCCCUUAAUCUCUCCCUCCCCCCGUCCUCCAUCAUGGCUCCAGUGUGCCGGUUCUCCUGGUCCUGCUGCCUGCUGGUUCUGCUGGUUCUCCCCGCCGUCCGGAGCUCGUUCCCCCGCAGCGGAGGCGGCAGCAGUGCGGACUGCGGCCCCGGGAAGGCCGCCGACUGCCCAGAUCUGUCCGAGAAGAAGAGCGACCUGCGUGUGUGUGACGCCGGCACGUGUCGCUUCGGAGGGACCUGCCGCGAGAACGGCGCCGACAUCAAGUGUGUGUGCCAGUUCCACUGUCAUAAGAAGUACGUCCCUGUGUGCGGGUCGAACGGAGACACGUACCAGAACGAGUGUUUCCUGAGGAGAGCCGCCUGCAAGAAACAGAGAGCUAUCACCAUCCUGACAGAGGGAGCCUGUUACCACGACGGCGGCUCAGGAUCUGGUGAUGGAGAUGACGAGGGCUCCGGUCGCGGUAAAAAGGCCUCAAAAUGUGGAAACUGCAAGUUUGGAGCCGAAUGUGACGAAGACUCUGAGGAUAUGCUCUGCAUGUGUAACAUCGUGUGUAACGGCCACAACGACAACCCGGUGUGCGGCAGCGACGGCGUCACCUACGACACGCCCUGCCACGUCCGAGAGGCGUCCUGCCUCAAACAGCUGAAGAUCGACAUCAAACACGUGGGACGUUGCCAAGAUAAAAGUAGGAAGGACGACAGCAGCAAGACCAAACCAGACAUCUAUGCUGUGUCCAAGCCUGGUGAGGGGGAGGGGUUCGUGGACAGCCCCGACGCCUGUCCUGAAGACUACGCCCAGUUCUGUGAGCACGGCCAGUGUGAGAUGAGACACGGCCUGCCCACCUGCAGGUGUGAGGCGGCGUACGGCGGCCCUCAGUGUGAUCAGCUGCUGGACUUUAACAUCCUGUACGUGGUGCCCAGCGGCCAGAAGCUGCACUACGUCCUCAUCGCCGCCAUCAUCGGAGCCGUUCAGAUCGCCGUCAUCGUAGCUGUGGUCAUGUGCUUCACCAGGAGGUGCAACAAGACGAAGCGUGGGCGGAGGCAGAAGCAGCACCUCGGCCACUUCCCGUCAGGAACGUCCUCCCGGAUGAUGUAGCUGCUGCUCUUUUUGUUUCUCUCAUGUUUUUAUGAAACACAAGACGUCUAAACUUUUCGUACCACACAGACAGACUGCAUUUUUGAUAUCUCGACUUUUUGGUGCCUCUUUUCCCCCUUUUUUAAAAGAGUUUUUGAAUUUCUUAAGGGGCCUUAUUUUUAAGAUUUUCCUCCAUGUUUGAUUUCUUUUGUUUUUGUCUCUUCACUGUCUGCAGAUGAUUUCAUGUUUUCCAUCAGGCAGAGCGGAGACGCUGCCGUCCUCUCAGACUCUGAAUCACUGUGGAUCCUCCGGCAGGAAACUAAUUAUUUAUCUGAUUGUAUCUUCACUUUGGACCGUCCGCAAUACAAACUGGAAAAGCACAGAUUGUCUUUACGUUUGAACCCUGUGGGGCGCAGACUGAUGCUGUUUUUGUGCUUUUGGUUGGGUUUAUUUUGAAGGAAGAACUAACUUUUUUAUAUUUUUAACUCUAGUUAAUGUGGCAUACAAGUUCAUGGAAGUAAUAACUAUUGAACACUCAAUGUUGACAUUUAAAUACCACUGAAUUUAUGGCCCAGAGACUUUGAAAACCAUCUAGGUGAAUGUUUGAAAGUCGAGGGGAAUUCAAACUUUAACAUCUGCAGAGGAUCGAUCACACCUUCUGUCACGCACGUGAUCCAAGCGUCUGAGCUGCCUCAUAUCCAAGAGGAAUCAGUCUCCUUGGAGACCCAGAAUAGAGUUUUUAGCCAAAUACAUAGCUUCUGGAAAUUAGUGCGACGGGAAUUCAGACCAUAUAAAUUCACAUAGUGGUAUGUGUCAAAGUAAAAUAUGUUUAUUAUAAAUUCAGUGGUAUUCAGAGAUUCAAAUUAUUACUAUUAUUUUCUGCUUCCAGAGUUGGGGUACGCCUUCAAAAUGCAACAAACUACAGAUUUGGGAGAUUUUUCUGUGUUCUGCUAACUUUUUACAGUUUAAGGUGUUCAACACGAGAACCAUGUGGACUCUAUUUUGAUGUGACAGUUAAAAGUUUCUUCUGUUUUUCUUGAUCCUGUUUAUUUUGUGUUAUAAACGCCUUAAUACUCCAGGGGGCGCUCUGUACCAGGACUACAGGACUAUGAGGGACCACUGUGGCCCUCUUGGGUAUUGUUGUUUUCUGUUUCGCUGCGUCUCACAGGGUCAAAGAUAACCUCAUGUAACUCGGAUACUUUAUUUUACAUUUGUUUUGUAUUUGUUAUGAUGAGACGCACCUGAAAACCAAAAUGCUGUUUUUUCUACUGCUUAAAGACCGACACGGUACAAGCUGACAUGUACAGGUUGUCGUUAGAAUUAUUUUAGUCCUUAAUUUUCAGAUGACGCCAUUCCGGAAAUGGAUUCCAAUGUUUUUGUGUGUGUUUUGACAAGCUGAUGAUAAUUUAAAUGACUUUGUUUUUUGGUCGAGUUUCUUCUUUUUUUUAUAUAUAAUUUGUAACGAUGGUACGAAGUGUCCGUGUUGGUCGUUUUAUUGUUGUAGGAGUAGACUCAAUAAGCUGGGAGGUUCCCUAAAGUAUCGCUGCGCUGAGAUCAGAUUUGUUUGACUCUGAAGCUCGGCCACGUGAUGCCCGUGGGACUCCAGCCUGAUUUGACUGUAGAUGUUGCGUACUGCAUGAACCAGUGAAGUUGUCGUUUAGACUGUGCUGUAGCUGAACUAGAAUUAAAUUAUGAUGUUCUAAACCA